GAUGAGUCAACAGCCCUCCACUAUAAGAUGUCCUGAUGGAGCCCAACAGUGUCACACAAGCCAGCACCAGCCGAGGUAAGGUCAACUCUUCUUUACCAUCGCAUUCAACAUCUACCUUACUCGAGCUCCGGCUCCUCCAUCUUUCGUUGUCGUUAAAAUGCAGGAUCUAUUGUAAAAGAUGAAAGGUGUCGUUUUUAUAGAAAUUCUUGUUGGUUGUUCAUCGUGUGCCUUGUAGUUCUCCAGCCAAGUUUUUUUUUUUAUGGGCUUACCCUUCGAGUCAGUCCUCACAGAGCCUGUGAGCAGAGAUUUGGAAAAACUGGGGGCUGAGAAAAAAUAGUGUUCGCCAAAGUCAGCGAUCUUUGUACCAGUUGCACAGGCGUAUAUUCACAGGUGUCUCUAUCACAAAUAUUUGCUGCCAUAAUCAAACAUAUUGAGUAAAUUACCGGACGGAAACCUGUUUAGAAAUCAAAACAGAUGACCUGCUGAAAUGACACCUCCCGUCUUAGAGACAUGACACAAUGGUGAAGCCAAGUGAGAGAUGGAGAACUACAAACUACAUUAUGACCCUGCAAAGUCUCUAAUCAUGUCAAAUUCCUUUUCUUCUUCCUAGGAAUAGCAGUGUUAUCUUUGAAUUCUACCCAUCUCCAGAAACACCACAACUAUGGAUUACACUCUGGUCCUCCUGUUUUCUCUGCUGCAAGUUUUAAGUGUGUGCACAGCCGCUCCUCUGCCGGUGGAAGUGGUGAAGAUGAAAUCCAAAGUGAAAUGGAUGGCUGAACAGCUUAUUAUCAGGAUGGAAGAUUUCCAGUUCCCUUCUAGCCUGACACCUACUGAUGACCUGGACGGAGCUUCCUCCAUAGUGACCGUCUUGGAGGGUUACAACAGCCUGAUCUCCGACACCUUUGAUGGCGUCUCCCAGGUCAAGUCCGAAAUCUCUUCGUUGACGGGUUACGUCGAUCAGUGGAGGCGGGGGCACUGCAGCGAGCAGCGGCCAAAGCCCUCGGUGCCGGGGCCGCUGCAAAAUCUACUGAGUCGAAAGGAGUUCGUUCACACGGUGACCAUCGAAGCUCUCAUGAGGGUGAAAGAGCUGCUCAAUCUUCUCCUGAAAAACCUGGAUCAUCUGGAGAGUUGCUAACAGACGGACAUGAGGACCAAUAUUUAUCAGCUGUUGGCCUGGUUUUUGGACAAGAGAUCAUCAGUGAUGGGCAACUUUUCAUUUCCUCCUGGCCAUGUUCAACUUUUGCAAUGUAUUUUGAAGUAAGUUCAUUCUUGAACGUGCACUUAUUUAUAUACAUAUGUAUUUAUUUAUCUACUUUAUUAGAAAAAAAUUGUAUUUCGCAAAAAACAUUGUCUUUUCAUCAGCAUGUCUGCAGCAAAGGGUGUUGUUGCCACAGGAAUGUUUUUUAUACAAAUUAAUCUACGGCACGUUUUGCACACAAAGACACUUCAGCUGCUCGUAGGUUUGUAUCAUGUGACAACUGUUGUGGAAACAAAACUUGAAAAUAUGAAUCUACUCAUUAAUUCAGUCCUGAAUCAUCAGUGUGAGAGGGCAUCACGUUGAGCUGUGAUGUCAGCGAUGGAGGAAACAUGCCAAGAAAUUGUUUGUAUGAGAACUAGGACAGGAAGGGUAAAGGGCAACUUUUAUCUCAAUGCAAUUUCAUCUAAAUUGUUAUUUAUAUCAUAGAUAUUUAGAAUAUUUUUGUACAGUUUAAGCUUUAUUACUUUGUAUUUUUUAUAACUUGAAUUUUAAAAAUUAAUAAAUAUUUUACAAAAUAUAUAUGCAAGUUUGUCUGUGUUGCGUGAUGAGAGAGAUCAAGUGGAAAAAGACAAGUAGAGCAGUUUAAUAUAAAAUGUCAAUGUGGUGGGUGCUUAUCUCUUGCUCCAACUUGUAUGUCAUGAGUGGGAAGUGUUUAUCCCCGGCUAUCGGCUUAUGAUUAACUCCUGGUAAAAAUAAGAAGGAAUGCCAACUAUCACUAUGAACCGAAACAUUUUGAAUCCUGCAAAAAUUCUGUAUUUCGUUUAGACAUAAAACACAAAGAUGAACAAUAGAAAUAAGAAAUUCAAGGGGUUUUGUAUAUUUUCUUAAAAAGACAUGUACACAAGACAUGUUUCAGUGGGAAAAAACAAACAUGUGCGCACUGAUUACAGAAAAUUUCAGGAUGAAUGAAGUCUGGUGAUAGUUUAACAUGUGGGCAUCACAUCCUGUACAAUCUGUCACAAAACUAACACAUGAAGAACCACUGCAUUUACUCCAAAUCCUCAAAAUGUUGAAGGGUCCAGCACAUCACUCACUCUCUCACACACACACACACACACACACACACACACACACACACACACACA